UUGAACCCAAGGCCACCUGAGCCAUGUCCCCAGUCCAAGAGUAAAAGCUUUUGAUGAUGAGACUAAGCACCUAUGAGAGCCUUCCUUCUCUGUUUUCCUCCAGUGUUGUUCCCUACUCUUGAUCAUCUUGUACUCUCUUCCAUCAUCCAUCAUGUGACAUCGAAAAAGCCCAAGACAGCAGAAGCGGACACUUCCAGUGAACUGGCUAAGAAAAGCAAAGAAGUAUUCAGAAAAGAGAUGUCUCAGUUCAUCGUCCAGUGCCUGAAUCCUUACCGGAAACCUGACUGCAAAGUGGGCAGAAUCACCACGACUGAAGAUUUCAAACACCUCGCUCGCAAGCUGACUCAUGGUGUUAUGAAUAAGGAGCUAAAGUACUGUAAGAACCCUGAAGACCUGGAGUGCAAUGAGAAUGUGAAACACAAAACCAAGGAGUAUAUUAAGAAGUACAUGCAGAAGUUUGGGGCUGUUUACAAACCCAAAGAGGACACUGAAUUAGAGUGACUUAUGGUGCCAGGGUAGGAGGACAGGCGAUCAGGUAGGAUAGAUUUUGGGGAGAAGAAAUCCUAUGGCCUCUUCCCCACCCCAUGGCCAGGGCUGUGGGGUAAUGAUUACACAUCACCCUGGGCAAUUCAAACCUGCAAGUGUCAACUGAAAGCUAUAAAAAAGAGCUCCAUCUACAAGUGAUCCCUUGUGAGCUACUGGGGUAUGGUUAGAGGCCAUUAGAGACAAUGGCCUAGGGAAGACCCUGGCCAGUCCUGACCCCACUCUCAAAUCUGGGUCUCCUUGGCGGUGCUGUCAGCGCACAGACCCAUGCGCAUCCCUAUCCAAGACCCUUUACCCUGACGAUCUGUAUUAUAUUUUAAUGUAUAUGUGAAUAUAUUGAAAAUAAUUUGUUUUUUUCCUGGUUUUUGUUUGGUUUUUGUUUUGCUUUUAGCCUCUAUGUGCUAGGAUCACAGGAAAACUUUGUAAGGAUGGUUUAAGUUCUCCUGCAAGGUUUAAUUUGUUAUCAUGUAAAUAUUCCAAAGCAGGCUGCCUUGUGGUUUUGGCCAGCCUUGUGCUAUGUUGAUAAGAUUGAUUUACUGCUUAAAAUCACUUUACUUUAUCCAAUUUUUACUGAACUUUUUAUGUAAAAAAUAAAAUCAAUUA